AUGAAAAACGAGGCGACGGGGCAGCAGAUUCAAGUGAUGCACACAGCGUGCACUACGCUGCAUCCAAGUGUAACGCUAAGCUGUCGCUAUGCCGGAGACUUUGUGGAUCUACAGUGGAAAGUGGCAACUUUAUCAGCAAAGAUCGAGAUGGAAAAAGGGGCUGCGAGGAAGGAGACAAGGUCAUCUACUGCUUCGACGUCUCACGCGUGUUGUAGAGAGGGCAUUGUGAUGGUCAUCUACCCGAAGCUGUUGGUGAGUGCUUACGCCUCGAUCCGUGCCAUUCGUGCGCUAAAUUGCACACUGCCGGUGGAGUUAUGGUACGUUGAGUCCGAAAUGGUCAGCAUUCGUGGCACUUCACUACUGGACGGCGUCCCGCAAACGCUGCGACAAGAGUAUGGUCCUAUAAGUCUGCAGCCCAUUGCUGACGCGAGAGUAGCAGACUUUAACUCAAAGGUGUACGCGGUCAUACAUUCCAAAUUCGAGUAUGUGCUCUACCUCGAUGCUGAUAAUGUUCCGGUCAAGGAUCCCAGUUGUUUGUUCAGAUCGCGAGAGUUUCUGCAGAUGGGCGCCAUCUUCUGGCCAGACUUUUGGCAUCCUGCUCACACUAUAUUUCGAAUCGACGAAGGUUCCAUGCUAUGGGAACUUCUGGACAUGCCAUACAUCGACAUGUUUGAGCAGGAAAGUGGCCAGUUCGCGAUCGACAAGACUCGGAGCUCAGCAGCAUUGCGCAUGCUGUCUCUUUUAGCUUUCCACGAACCCAAUCUUUUCUCGAGGUACAAAUUAGUGCACGGGGACAAAGACUUGUUCCGUCUUGCAUGGCUAAAGACCGGGACGCCAUUCCACAUGGUGUCCAAUCCACCCAGUAUUGCUGGUACAGUGAGAGAAACGAAAUUCUGUGGCAUGACGAUGGUGCAGUUUGAUACGGAUGGAGAAGUGCUGUUUCUACACCGCAAUAGCAAGAAGCUGACCGGAGGCCUCGACGUAGACCGUAAUCCUGACAAGCUCAUAUGGACACAUUUGCAGCACUUCCGGUAUCGUGCUGCUUCACCACACGAUCUGGUCGAAGCAGCGUUCGUGGUUUCAAAGCCAAUUCGACUACCAAAUGACCAGACUGGCAGCGCGCAUGUGUCAGCAGACAAUCUGAAUAUACCGUACGAUGUGCUGCGAAAGAUGUAUACAGUAAGCAUAUUCGCCGGUGCGCCCGAGUUCGCGGACACCCAAUGGUGCUAUGGUCAGUCGACGCUCACGACAACAUGGUGCGAGCUUAUAGCAUGGCAAGACACGAUGUUCCCUGAGGUGGAAAACGGCUUAUUGCACUAUGCGAGUGAGGCCGUGGCGCUGCUACCAGCGUCUGCGAUCGAGUUGAUCGUGCAGAGCAAUUGA